AUGUACAACCUGAGCUGUUACAACCCGAGUUCCUUCAUCCUGGGUGGGAUUCCUGGCCUGGAAAGUUUCCACAUCUGGAUUGGGAUGCCCUUUUGUGUCCUCUAUGUUGUGGCUGUUGUGGGCAACAGUAUCCUCCUCUACCUCAUUGCAGUUGAGCACAGCCUCCAUGAGCCCAUGUUUUUCUUCCUCUCUGUGCUGGCCACCACAGAUCUCAUCUUGUCCACUGCCACAGUGCCCAAACUGCUCAGUAACCUCUGGCUUGACUUCCAGGAGAUCGCCUUCUCUGGCUGUCUCACUCAGAUGUUUUUUCUCCACUUCAGCUUUGUAGUGGACUCAGCUACCUUGCUGGCCAUGGCAUUUGAUCGCUAUGUGGCCAUCUGUUUCCCAUUGAGGUACAACACCAUCCUGACUCCAUGGGUGAUUGUCAAACUUACGGUGAGCAUUGUUGUGAGGAGUUUCUCUGUCAUCCUGCCAGCUGUUUUUCUGCUAAAGAGGUUACCAUUUUGUGGAACUCACAUCAUCCCACACACAUACUGUGAGCACAUAGGCGUUGCUCGACUUGCCUCUGCUGACAUCUCCAUCAACAUUUGGUAUGGGUUUUCUGUACCUCUCAUGACUGUCAUCUCAGAUGUCAUCUUCAUUGCUGUUUCCUAUGUCUUUAUCCUCCGUGCUCUUUUUCAGCUCUCAUCCCAGGGUGCCCGUCAAAAGGCCCUGAGCACCUGUGCCUCCCAUGUCUGUGUUAUCCUCAUGUUUUAUACACCUGCCUUCUUCUCCAUCCUUGUUCAUCGCUUUGGGCACAGUGUCCCUCGAAAUGUUCUCAUCCUAUUUGCCAACUUCUAUGUGGUCAUCCCUCCUGCUCUAAAUCCUUUUGUUUAUGGAGUGAAGACCAAACAGAUCCAGGAAAAAUUUCUUCUUCUUCUGCCUUUCAAGAAGACACAAUGA